AUGCGGCUCUGCACAGGCACUGCACCUCCACGGGAACCCAUCCAUCCGUCCACCCCCCUUUGGACAAUCAAACGACGGCAAAGUACCGUAAUGAUUCAUCUCGCCUACACUCCAAACCCAAUUUGCCAUGUGGUCGGCCGCCACGCUUUGUCAGAAAAGUCCCUGUCCCCGCCCUCCGUUGAGCCGGUGGAUGGUGGGAAAACACACAAGUGGCAAAAGACGAGUAGAAGCGGCGGGAAAGCCAUGGCAUUCCAGCCAGCCACUCCCGGCCUCACUCCCCAACCCACCUGCACCACAAACCCACCAUACCCAAACCAGCAGCUCAACAGCAUCCCACACAGCCCAACGAACCCUUCCUCAAUGCGCGCUACUACAGUAGUUACGGCAACCAGGACCCCCACCCCAUCACGUGUCCACGCUUCCCACGCACCGCCACUUCGCGCAACCAUCGCCUGGACAGGCAGAGUAGCAGGAUGGCUUGAUAAAUCUACUCAUGGUACGAGGAGCCCAUGCAAUGAGGUACAGGGCUUGGUGCACAAUGCGAGUACCCUCCCAACGAGGCUAGUUGCAGUUGCCGUUGCCAGUGCCGUUGCCGUUGCAGGUGAGUUGCGCGGCGAGGAGGUGAAUCGGAGUUUGGACCGGAGUGCAGGGGUGGAAAGUUCGGAGUGGGAGUCGGGAGGCGGGACUUGGCGUUGGUCUUGUCCAGGACGGCGUGGAAAUCAGGAUGAACAUUUCAAGUGCGAUUGCAAACCACGGAAUCACGUUUCCCGUUCUUUCCGAUUGUCUUUGCCCCUUCGUUUUCCGUCAAUGUCUACGAGUUCUCCAUCUUCAUCGGGCUAUCGUGUUGUGGAGUGGUUGUCUGAUAAACACCAGCGGAUCAGCAAACAGCUGGGGCCUGGGAAUUGGGGACUCGGGACUACAGGAUCUGCCCAACGUCCAGAAGAAAAGGAAUAG